GUGCUGUCCCGCUCUGCCGUCGGCCCCUUUGCUGCUUCCCCCGGCGGGAUCGAGCGCCUCCUCCUCUUCCCUGGCCUCCCUCCCGCUCAGGUGCUAUUUCACGAAACCGCGCCGAGUUCUUUUUGCCUUUGGACUUUGUGGUAAAGUGCGGCAUCUCGCCCUCACUUGCUGAGUUGGCCGGAGAGGAAGGAGUUAACCUGGAUCCUGUAGUGGCGACUCCAGAGAGGGACGAGCUCUUGCAUCAACUCAGCCUUCCAGAAACAGAGGGAUGUGGGAGUGGCAGCUCCAGCGGUAAAGCGAGGCGAGGAAGGCUUUCUAAUAAUAGCGCUAACAUUGUUUAGGAAGAGCCGGAUUGAUACAGAUGAGUUAGUGUAAGCUUUUCUCUGGCUCCUUGUCUUCCCCAAAGCUGUGGCUGCCUGCUGAGGUGGUGAGCGCCUGUGGCUGUCCCUUUGUUCCCCGUGAGCAGCGCUCACAUUCCCCGUGACACACGGAUGUGCUGGAUUCAGGGGCAAGGAUUUCUGGUCUGAAGCAGAAGGUGACCCAAGCUGCUGUGUCCCUGAAUCCACCAUGGAACAGAUCAAUGGAUCUCUUCAGAUGGAGCAUGCACUGCUGUUCACAUUCCUGGAUGCAUCCUCUGACUGUAUGUUCAGAGACCAGCUGCAUUCUCUGCAUUCCCUGCACAGCCAGCAGAUCAUGUUGUGCCAAGGAAGCGAUGACGAUGAGCUUCAGACCGAUGGCAAUCGGAGUGGCCACUUCCAGAAUGGUGAGCUAGGGUUGGGUCCAACAAAUGAAGAAGUUAUCCGGAUCAUUGCUGCUCAGCUCGCUGAGAUUGGAGACCAGUUUGAUAAAGAAAUCCAAGGAAGAGUAGUGAAGGACCUAGUGCAGCACUUUGUGAAUGAGAAACUCUCUAAAGAGGAGAUAACCCUGCACAUGUCCAGGGUGGUGGACGAGCUUGUAACGUCCAUCCCCUCAGACAUGGCACAGGAGAAGGCCAUGUUGGUGCUAGCAAUGGUCUUAACUAAGAAAAUUGUGAACACGGUGCCCUCUCUUCUACAACGUGUCUAUAAUGCCACUCUGAACUACAUGAACCAGCAGUUCCACGACUACAUUGUUGAAAUGCUUGGUGAGUGAGCUCUCCAGCCCUGUGUGUGGAGCAUGUGGACUCCUGAAGACUUUCCUUGAUGGAUGAAGAUUUACUCUUAACUUCUGAGAUACAGCUGUGAAAGGGAUGGUGGAGCUUCAUAGAUAGGCUUUUGUAGACUAGCACAGCAGUAAUAGUAGCAUGAGCUGCCUGUCAACUCUGCCAGUACCUGUAGGGAGUAGUGCUUGCCUCUCUCCUUUUACAAUAUUUUUUAUUUUAGCAGCAGCCACCUUUGUGUUGGUCUGCCUUGUGCCUCCACAGGCCCAGUGGGCACAGGGCCUGCCCUCUCAGUAGUUUUUCUAAGCAGCUGUAGCAUUUUGCUUUAAUUAUUCACUUCCCAGCCCUGCUCCUGCAGCUGAGCCAUGCUGAAUGUUGUUCCCAGGAAGGCCUCAGGGUAUGGAAUGGGUGGUUCAUCAGCAGAAUAAUCAAGGGUGGGUGAGAAUCAGGUCUAGAUGAGAAGCUGGCAGCAAGAGGGAACAGAGCCCUCAGUGAUAGAGGGGGCAGUGGCCAGAGAAGGCUGACAUGAGGAUAGUUCAGUAUCAGUCACCAUACACCCGAGUUUGCUUGAAAAAUAAAACUGAGGGAAAAACUGUAAAGAAAAGGGCAGGGUAGGCACAAGGCAAGUCUAUUUGGGAAUGCAACCUGGAUAUACUUUAGAAAAAGUAGCAUUAUCUUGUAGUCACAUCUCAGGUUGAACAAACUUGGACUCAGGUUGUUAGAUAAAUAAUCACACAAGGUGGCAAAUGUGUCACCCACAAUCCAGUUCCCUCAGGACUUUUCUAAGUAUGUAAAUAUUUUGUGGGGUUUUUUAACUUAAAUAAAAACUUCGUUUCUGAUGGCUACUACA